CAACCUCAGAACACAAACACCAGAUACUCUCCCUCCAAAUGGCCAACAUCUAUCGUGCGCCUCUCCCCUUACACUGCGCACACGUCUUGGAACGCUGUUGCAGCUCCUCGCUUCGCCGCCUCCCAAAUGCCGGUCUCCUCCGUUUUCAGGGAGGGGAGAGAAGUGUUCGACCCCCUUCGACGGAUUUCCCAUUUUUGCCCUUGGAGAAGCCGUCGAGGGUCGGAAAGAUCUCCUGCAGGUUGCCAGGACAUGCUCCUGCAGCAGUUACUGCAUCCUCAUGGAAUGAAUCCGUCCUGAAGAGCGAUGUUCUCGUUCUUGUUGAGUUCUGGGCUUCUUGGUGUGGGCCUUGCAGGAUGGUCCACCCUGUGUUUGACGAAAUCGCAGAAGAGUAUGCCGGCAAAAUCAAGUGCCUUAAGCUCAAUACGGAUGCUGACGAUCAAGUAGCAGUUGAGUAUGGAAUUGAGAAAAUCCCAACUGUCGUGCUAUUCAAGGAUGGAGAGAAACAACAAGCCAUAACAGGUACGAUGCCCAAGUCUGUCUAUGUGGCAGCCAUUGAGAGGUCCUUGGCGCCCAAGGAAGGUAGCACAUCAGGUUAAUGCUCAUGGGUUCCAACUAAUGGCUUGCAUCUGUGAUCUGUAAGCUGACUUGACUGAUCUAGAUAAAUAACAGAAACUGUGGGUGGGAACCGUUUGGGUGGUUGUACAUUCUACAUGUAUACUCGGAACUUCCAUCCUGUUGUAAAUUCCAAAAAGACCCCACAUGAUCGGUAUGGUAAAUUUUUUU